AUGACCGUCGGUGUUGAUUCUGUUUUAAGAGCUGAAUUCAAAAGAGCGUACCAGGGUCUUCUCUUGGCGUGGAAUAUGGGAUACCGUAGAGUGACCCUUGAGGUUGACAACAAAACGGUGGUGGACAAGAUCAACAGCUCAGAGAUUGCAGCUCAGUAUACGAACCUUCUGUUCGCUAUUCGAUCUCUUAUUCGUAGAGAAUGGGAUGUUCAGGUUCCGUGUUUAGAGAGGCAAACUUUGUUGCAGACCACCUUGCUUCCGUUAAGUAGCGGUAGAAAGAAGCAGCAAACAGAAGCAGAAUUCCAAUUUUUGAAUCGAGAGAAAAUGGAUCCGGAUCAGGAUCCUGAUAUUACAUCGUGGAUUAUUGAAUUCUGUGCACGCCAAAAGAUGUCCAGGCGUUUGCUGAAUAAAAUUGUAAAAAACCUAAGAGUUCCUAUUUCAAAGUGCAGUUAUCGUAGUAGGGAGACUCUUUUUCUCCGAUUUAUUGAAGAUGAAAUUGCAGAUGGGUCAGUGUCCGAGGAAAUUCUCGAUUUACUGCACAUGAUUGAAGAAUUGCACAAUGAAAAGUCUGUCCAAAUUAGAGAUUCAAUGAAAUCGGCUUAUCGAGCCAUAGCUGCCGUUUGUACUGUGAAGUGGCUUGGGGGUAAUAGCAAUGAAGCGGUGAAGAAAAUGUGGAAAGAAAGAGUUGAUAAAUUAGGUCAACUAAAGAGUGAGUUGCUCACCGGUGAACUGAUACAGGAAAUAGAGUCGGUUUAUGAUUCAAAUGCACUGAGUGGGGAGACAGAGUCUUUGAGGCUGGUUGAAGCCUAUCUGACCGACGCAUUUGGUCUACUGGGCACUCCUUUUCUUGAGUUAGCAUCUAUGCAGAUUGCUAAUGCAGAUGUUUGUUUAAGGAGUGCAUUAGGGCUUCCUUUUCUUGAGACGACGGACCUUUCUGCAACAGAAGAACCGGCUGAGACUAUGGAGUCUGAAAUCACUUCGCCUGAAGUCACCAGACUUAGAGUGAGAAAAGCACUUAAUUUCAGCUGCCAAGAGCUGAAAUUAUUGUUUGGUGAUCCUUGUUUUGAGGCAUUGAAUAAGAAGACUUCAAUCAAUACCCUCUCAACUACUGGCACUCAGGAUUUUGAUUCUUUUGAGUGCGAUAAUUCAGUGGAUGACCCAACAACUCAAGUUCAUUUUGAUAGUUUAAGUAUAGAUGAAGCGCCUGUAUCUAGUUGUUCUAAUUCUAGACCCACUGAAUUAUUGAAAAAGAGAAGGCCGGUCAAGAGGUGGACUUUGGAAGAAGAAGAUGCAUUAAGAGGGGGCGUGGAAGAGUUUGGAAAGGGAAACUGGAAGCUCAUCUUGCGGUUCAAGCAAGAUAUUUUUGGGAACAGAACUGAGGUUGAUUUAAAAGAUAAAUGGAGAAACAUGACUCGAUGAAGAAGCUCAAGCAACUGGAGGGCACUUAUCAGUUAGCAUGCCUGAUGUCUCCAAUGGCAGACUGAUUUAUGACUUAAAUAAGGACAUGUUUCUAGUUAGCUUUUCUUUAAUGCUUCAGGUCUUUUCAUCUCCAUAGCAUAUGGUUUUAGCGUUCAAGUACGGCGGGUUGUACAUGAAAGAUUAGAUCUGAAUGUCACUGAAACCUGAUUUUCUUUCCUUCUUGAUACACUUGAUUAUUUGAAUUCAUUAGCAGGGACCUUGCAAAUAUUUGCCUAAUUCUGUGCAUAGAAACUGUGAUUGUAGUAUAACUUGAUCGUCUGAUCCACUUAUCGUGAACUUAAGCUGGAAUUUCAUAAA